AUGCCGAAAAAGCUUCAUUUCAAAGGCGAUACUGGGAAGAAGAAGAUAAAGCGAGGUGGGGGAUCUGGACUGAAGAAGGAAAGUGGAGAAACACGCAACGACGCGGCGCUAGAAACUACGGAAUCUAAUAGCUGGGUUAUAGCAACCGAAGCGAUGCAUAUAAAUGGCCCAGCGGUGCUACUUCACAGCGGUGGGCCAUCAGUAUUGAAUUUCCACGCUACGCUAUCGCGUCCACACAUGCACGUGCUUGGCGAUGGUUCUGGCAGUGGCACACCUUCCGCACCCCCCACGCUGCUCACAUACACGCCUACAGACAUAGCGAGCGUGUGGGUAGCGAGCAAGCUAAGCGGCACAGACACUCUUACUCUCAGAUCGGCUGACGGGAGAUUCCUCGCUGCUGACCGGCAUGGCUGCGUCAGCGCACUCAGUGAGGCUAGAGGUCCGAACGAGCAGUGGAGACCAGUCGUGCAGCAAGACAGCACGAUAGCGUGGUUAUCGUCUUACGAUAAAUUCCUCGCUAUCGAUGAGGUAGCUGGUGGUGGCGUCACCCUGCGCGCUGAUAGUCAUGUCGUUGGUUUCAAUGAAUCUUGGACAGUCAAAGUGCAGGCGGGGUACAAAGUCGCUGGUGAGCGGGAAAUGGCGCGUGAAGCUAGCAAGUUGAGUGGGAGUGGUGUGCAAGUGGAUCUGGAUGGAGUUGGUGCUGCUAGUGGGGUUGACGCCGUGCCCGACGAAGCUACACACACAUCUCGCUUUCAAGCUUAUGGAAAAGCCACUGCCAACACAUACACACCCGCAGACAAGAAACACCUCAGCCAGGCUGUCAAACAAGGCAAACUCAAUGAGACACUCCUCGAUAGACGCAGCAAAACUAAGAGGUGGGUGGAGUGUAUAUGUUUAACGUUUACGUGCAUCGACUGA